CAUGCAUAUAUCAUUCUCUACUUGCAUGUUAAUUUCUUUGUAAAAUAGAAUUUGAUUCUUGGAAAGGGAGAGAGAGAGAGAGAGAGAGAGAGAGAGAGAGAGAGAGAGAAUGGUGAGUUUGGUAGAGGAGGGAUUUGAAGGAGAGUUUUGUGAGGGUGUUGGUAGUACUCUUGCUUCUGGCAAACUCAGUGAUAAUGGCGAGCUGGAUGAUGAUGGCAAACCCAGACGGACUGGGACUGUGUGGACUGCGAGUGCACAUAUAAUAACAGCAAUCAUUGGGUCUGGAGUUCUUUCACUUGCCUGGGCAAUGGCACAAAUGGGAUGGAUUGCUGGCAUCGCCACCCUCUUAAUUUUCUCAUUCAUUACGCUUUAUACUUCUGGCUUCUUAGCCGACUCCUACAGGUCUCCUGAUCCAGUAACUGGCAAGAGAAAUUAUACAUACAUGGAAGCUGUCAAAGCCAAUCUAGGUGGAAAUAUGUAUAAGCUUUGUGGUUUAGUCCAGUAUACUUACAUGGGUGGAUUGGCAGUGGGCUACACUAUCACUUCUGCUAUAUGCAUUGUGGCCUUGCUUAAAUCAAAUUGUUUCUACAAGAGAGGUCAUGGAGCUCCAUGCAAGUAUUCCAGUAAUCCGUACAUGAUUGGAAUGGGAGUUGUAGAGAUUGUACUGUCUCAAAUCCCUAACCUCCAUGAGAUGUCAUGGCUCUCCUUUCUUGCAUCACUCAUGUCCUUUGGGUAUGCAUCCAUUGGAAUAGGACUCGCCCUUGCAAAGAUCAUUUCAGGGAAACGAGAAAGAAGUACGCUGACUGGAGUGGAAAUUGGGGUGGACUUGAGCCAGGCUGAUAAAAUUUGGACGAUGUUGAGAGCAAUCGGUGAUAUGGCAUUUGCUUGCUCAUAUGCUGGGGUCCUGAUAGAAAUCCAAGACACACUAAAAUCAUCACCGCCUGAAAACAAAGUGAUGAAGAAGGCUAACACGAUAGCGAUUCUAACUUCAACAGCUUUCUAUGUAAUGUGCGGUUGCCUUGGCUAUGCUGCAUUAGGGAACCGUGCACCCGGCAACUUGCUGACGGACUUCGGCUUUUCUGAACCCUUUUGGUUAAUUGACAUUGCUAAUAUUUUCGUGGUGCUGCAUCUAAUAGGAGCAUAUCAGGUAUUAUCCCAACCAGUCUUAAAUGUCGUUGAGACAUGGGCUAUCGCAAGGUGGCCAAAAUCAAAGUUCGUAACUAAUGAGUACCCAAUAAGUAUUGGCAAGCAGAAGUUGAACAUCAGUGUGAACCUGUUGAGAUUAACCUGGAGAUCAGCGUACGUUGUGAUAGUAACUGUCAUUGCCAUGGUAUUGCCCUUCUUCAACGACAUACUUGCGCUGCUGGGAGCCAUCGGAUAUUGGCCAAUGGCGGUAUAUUUCCCGGUGGAGAUGCACAUUGCUCAAAAGAAGAUUCAGAGGCAAACGGUCAAGUGGUUCUGUCUCCAGCUAAUGAACUUGAUUUGCUUAAUUGUUUCCAUUGCUGCAGCUUGUGGUGCCAUUCAAGGACUUGAUCAUUCUCUCCAGACUCAUAAACUUUUCAAGUUUUAAGCCCUAUCCAAAUUCAACACAAGUAUAUAGAAAAUGAUCAUCUCACUUAUUAGCUUACUUUCCAUUCUCUAUGCAAGCAAGUGUAAACAUAGAUAAUGUUUUUUUUUCCCUUAUUAAUGAAAUUUUUAGAGUUUCUUUUUUAAA